CACUGUGUGGAUCAGUUCCACAGGCACUAACUCAGUGGGAUAUGACAUUCAUGAACAUUGACUUACUGAAGUAAGUGCCAUCUUUGUAGUUGCAUCGAUAUGUUGGGCCCAGGAUAGAUCCUCAGAGAUAUUGACAUCCAGAAACUUGAAAUUACUUACACUUGCCACUUCUGAUCCCUCUAUAAGGACUGGUGUGUGCUCCCUUGUCUUACCUUUUCUGAAGUCCACAAUCAGUUCUUUGAUCUUCCUGACGUUGAGUGUAAGGUUGUUGCUGCAACUCUACUUACUAGCUGAUAUACCUUGCUCCUGUAUGCCCUCUUGUCACCAUCUGAAAUUCUGCCAACAAUAGUUGUGUCGUCAGCAAUUUUAUAGAUGGCAUUUGAGCAGUGCCUAGCCACUCAGUCAUGGGCUUAGAGAGACUAAGCACCUAUCCCCGAGGUGUGCCAUUGUUCAUUGUCAGCGAGGUGAAAAUGUUAUUUCUGGUCUGCAGAUUUAAGUUUUCCAGGUAGAAAGUCGUGGAUCCAGUUGUAGAGGAAUGUAUGAAGACCCAGGUUUUGGAGCUUUUUGACCAGAAAUGUAGGAAUAAUUGUGUUAAAUGCUGAACUGUAGUCAAUAAGCAGUAUCCUGACAUAAGUAUGAGUAUUGUCCAAGGCUGUGUGAAGAGCCAAUGAGAUUGCAUCAGCAUUAGACCUGUUGUGGUGAUGGGUAAAUUGCAGUUUGUCCUUGUCCAAGGGGAUCUGUCAUCCUGUUUCAUCACUGCUUUUGUUUAAGUCUAGUCAUUGAAUAUGAUGAAGAUAUUUGGCUGUGCAGGGAUUAUAAGAUCAUUCAUAACUGCAUAUUGGGUGAGUAGAUUGUGAUCAAGAGCUGAAAUCAAAGGGCUCUACAACAGCAGUCGAAUCGUACAAUGAAGUUGAACUCCAGGUGUGAAGUGAAUGCAUUAAUGUGAGGGAACUACUUGAAUAGUUGAUUUCAACAGGCAAAACUAAUCAAUGGAAUGGAAGUGAAAUCUGUCUGGAGUCACUGAGCUCAAGUAUUUAGAACAUAGAAUUGUACAGUAAAAUUCAGGUCCUUGGAGGGUCCAUGAUGAUGUGCCAACUUUUUCACCUAUUCCAAAAUUGAUCUAACCCUUUCCUCUCACAUAGCCCUCCAUUUUUCCUUCAUCCCUGUGCCUGUCCAAGUCUCUUAAAUGCCUUACGAACCUGAUUGAAUUUGAGGAUGUAACUAAACAUAUUGAUGAAGGAAGAGCUGUAGAUGUAGUGUUUAUGGAUUUCAGGAAGGCAUUUGAUAAGGUACACCAUGCAAGGCUUAUUGAAAAAGUAAGGAGGCAUGGGAUCCAAGGGGACUUUGCUUUGUGGAUCCAGAACUGGUUUGCCCACAGAAGGCAAAGAGAGGUUGUAGACGGGUCAUAUUCUGCAUGAGGUUAAUCACCAGUGGUGUGCCUCAGGGAUCUGUUCUGGGACCCUUAUUCUUAAUGAUUUUUAUAAAUGAUCUGGAUGAGGAAGUGGAGGGAUGGGUUAGUAAGUUUGCUAAUGACAGGAAGGUUGGAGGUGUUGUGAAUAGUGUGGAGGGCUGUCAGAGGUUACAGCAAGACAUUGUUAAGAUGCAAAACUGUGCUGAGAAGUGGCACCUGGAGUUCAACCCAGAUAAGUGUGAAGUGGUAAAUUUUGGUAGGUCAAAUAUGAUGGCAGAAUAUAGUAUUAAUGGUAAGACUCUUAGCAGUGUGGAGGAUCAAUGGGAUCUUGGGGUCCGAGUCCAUAGGAGCCUUAAAGCAACUGCGCAGGUUGACUCUGGUUAAGAAGACAUAUGGUGUAUUGGUCUUCAUUAAUUGUGGAAUUGAAUUUAGGAGCCAAGAGGUAAUGUUGCAGCUAUAUCGGACCCUGGUCAGACCCCACUUGGAGUACUGUGCUCAGUUCUGGUCUCCUCACUACAGGAGGAAUGUGGAAGCCAUAGAAAGGGUGCAGAGGAGAUUCACAAGGAUGUUGCCUGGAUUGGGGAGCAUGCCUUAUGAGAAUAGAUUGUGUGAACUCAGCCUUUUCUCCUUGGAGCGACCUGAUAGAGAUGUAUAAGAUGAUGAGAGGCAUUGAUCGUGUGGAUAGUCAGAGGCUUUUUCCAAGGGCUGAAGUGGUUGCCACAAGAUGUCACAGGUUUAAGGUGCUGUGCAGUAGGUACAGAGGAGAUGUCAGGGAUAAGUUUUUUACUCAGAGAUUGGUGAGUGCGUGGAAUGGGCUGCUGGCAAUGGUGGUGGAGGCAGAUACGACAGGGUCUUUUAAGCGACCUUUGGAUAGGUACAUGGAGCUUAGAAAAAUAGAGGGCUAUCAGUAGGCCUAGUAAUUUCUAAGGUAGGGACAUGUUCAGUACAACUUUGUGGGCCAAAGGGCCUGUAUUGUGCUGUGAGUUUUUUGUGUGUUUCUAUGUCCCUAAUGUAUCUGUCUCUACCAUCACCCACCAUAUGCUGUGUUUAAAAAAAACUACCUCUGACAUUAACCCCUCUCCCCCGUACUUUCAAGUUAUGUCCUUUGCAUUUGCAGUUUCUGCCCUCCGAUAGUUUCUUGCUGCCCACUCUAUCAAUGCCUUUUAUCAUUGUAUACACCUCUACCAAGUCACCUCUCAUCAUACUUCACUCCAAAGAGAAAAGCCCUGCCUCAUUCAACCUAUACUCAUAAAACAAUGCUCUUUAAUCCACACAGCAUCUUGAUAAAUCCCCUCUGCACUCUCAAGCUUCCACAUCCUAUGAUGAGGUGACCUGAAAUGGACACAAUACUCCAAGUGUAGCCGAACCAGAGUUUUUUAUAGAGCUGCAACAUUACCUUACAACUCUUGAACACAGCUCUAAGUCUAAUAAAGAACAAUACACCAUACACCUUCUUAACCAGCUGUGCAACAAAUCUGACGGAUCUAUAGACUUGGACCCCAGGAUACUACUGUUCCUCCACAAUGCUAAGAAUCCUGCCGUUAACCCUGUACUCAUCCUUCAUUUAAUUACUUCAAACCUUUCUGGGAUGAACUCCUGCCACUUCUCAGCCCAGCUCUGCAUCCUUUCAGUGUCUCAUAACCUAUGACAACCCACACUAUCCACAACACCAACCUUCAUUUCUACAGACUUACUAACCCACCCUUCCACUUCCUCAUCCAGGUCAUUUAUAAAAAUGGCAAAGAGCAGAGGUCCCAGAACAGAUGCUUGCUGAACACCACUGACAACAAUCAGAAUAUACUCCCAUCUACUGCCACCGUCUGCCUUCUGUGACAAGCCAAUUUUGAAUCCACACAGUCAAGUUUCCCUGGAUCCCAUGCCUCCUGAAUUUCUGAAUGAGCCUGACAUGGGGAAUUUUGUGGAACACCUUUCUAAAAUCCAUAUACACCACAUCCACUGCUUACUUUCAUUAAUUUAUUUUGUUGCUUCCUCAAAGAACUCAAUUAGCCUCAUGAGGCUCGACCUGGCCCUCACAAAACCAUGCUGACUAUCCCUAAUCAAAGUAUUCAUUUGUUGGAGACAGUUUAUCUUUGCCCAAAGAUGGUAGGUUCAUGAGAAAAUGGUACAAGGAUCCACAACCUUCAGCUUUGUCAGUCUGCUGAUGAUUGUAGAAUACAAUCAUUCAGCUAGGCCUGGGCAUUCUCUAGGAUAUUACUAGUAAUACUGGGUAGUAACUGCAGUUCAAUGCAGGUUGGCACUUCCAUCGUAUCCUGGAUAAUGGACUACCUGGUUGGCAGAACACAGUUUGUGCGGCUUCAAAGCUGUGUGUCAGCUAUGAGCAGCACUGGGGCCCCACAGGGGACUGGAUUGGCUCCUUUCCUGAUUACCCUGAAUACCUUGGACUUUAGAUACAACACUGAGUCAUGUCAUCUGCAGAAAUUCUCUGAUGACUCAGCAGUAGUUGAGUGACACGGAAGAAUAGGAGGAUGAAUACAGGGCCCUGGUGGAGAACUUUGUCAAAUGGUGCAAGCUGAAUCGUCUGCAACCUAUCAGUAAGGUGAAAGAGAUGGUGAUGAAACUAGGAAGACUAAGCCUGCAUUGCUCCCUGUUACUAUUGAUGGUGAGUAUGUGGAUAUGGUGAGGACCUCAAGUACCUGGGGGUGCACCUGGUUGACAGACUUGAAUGGAGCAUCAACACAGAGGCUGGGUACAAGAAGGGCCAGACUUGCCUCUACUUCCUGAGGAGACUGAGGUCCUUUGAAAGUUGUAGGGCUCUUCACAAGGUCUACUAGUCUGUUGUUGCCAGUACAAUCUUCUAUGCAUUGGUGUAUUGCGGCAAUGACAUCAACACGGGUGAUGCCAACAGGCUCAAUAAGCUGAUUAGAAAGGCUGGCUCUGUUAUAGGAGUCAAAUUGGACACACUGGAGGCUGUGGUAGAACAAAGGACCCUACGUAUAAUCCUGGCAAUUCUGGACAAUGUUUCUCACCCUCUGCUUGCCUCCUUGGCUGAACAGAGGAGCACUUUUAGUAAUAGACUAAAACAACUGUGCUGCUCUAAAGUGCACUGUCUGAGGUCAUUUGUACCCCAGUCAUUAGGCUCUAUAAUGAGUCAAUCUAUAGCCAGGGAAGUGAUGACCCCCCUCCUGUUAGAUUGUUUGAGGUAUCUUUUUUUUAUUCUUUCUUUCUUUUCUUUUGUAUAUCUGUGCACUUGUAAUGUUACUGUGGCACUGUAAUUUCCUUUGAGAUCAAUGAAAUAUGUAAAUUAUCUAUCUAAUGCUACACAAGUACUAGAAGAAUGAGGAGCAAUUUAACCAGCUGCCUCUGAUGUACAAGGAUAUAACCAUAGCACCAUGAGUCACUUUUAUAAUGACCAAAAUGUAAUGGAAUCACAUCGAAAGUGUCAACCUCUAUCCACCCCCACCAAGGCUGAGGGUUUCUGCAAAUAUUGUAUAUUUUCCCAAGUUGACCUUGUGCUCCUUUUGUUUCGCUCUAAGGUUCUAUCUCCAAGCAGACUCUCACUAUGGCACCUGUCUUUCACGCUUGUUUUGUUUUCCCCAGGAGACCUCUCUCUGUCUUCAGAUUAUUAUUCCCGUCAAACUAUCUGGCAACUAUCUUUCCUCUCUGAUAUCCCUCCCGUCUGCCUGCCUCGCUGAGAGAACUCUUCCCGGAGAUCACUCACUCUUUGAGGCUCUGAAGUCCCACUCUCCCACCUGCUUUUUUUUCAACGGUAUCAUCCUGCAACUGACUCCAUGCAGGAUCGUUUUCUCAGUUGAGUAGCUGAAGGAAGCGGGUGCAUUCGGCCUUGACUUAGUAUAUGUGGUUUUGGUACAGAUUGAGGAAGUGAAAAUAACCUGCGAUGAAGACAUAUGACGGAGUUCCCGUCAUUAGGGGAAAUUUAAUAGAAACGCGAGACUUGUUCAGUUUUGGAACUGAACGGAAAGUCCUGGUUGAACCUCCUUCGGGACCUCUGCUCUAACAUUGCUAAAUGGGCGCUCUAGGCUUCUGCCAGGCGGGUGGCUAUCCGGUCUACGUGCUCUGCUGCCUCCUCGUUACCUACCUCCUCAACCAACUUGAUCGCUAUGUCCUCGCCAUUGUGGUCCUGCCCCUGGCCCAGGAGCUUGAGUUUGGUGAUAGGAGUUGUCUCCCUGUAGACGGCGCGGAGAGGGGCGCCUUGCGGCAAUGCCGUAACGCCAGUUCUCAGGAGAGCUGCCUAGCCCUCCAGAAUGAGAACAAGACACAAUUAUGUCAAUGGAACUAUGAUGGGACUGGAUGGGAAUAUCAGAUCAUCGCUGGACCUGUCUUUGUCCUUAUUUACACCUUCACAGGGGUUUUCACUGGCUUCGUGGCUGACUCUGUGAAUCGGAAGCAUUUCCUGUCAGCCAGUCUCUUUCUCUGGAGCCUUAUGACUUUGCUGAUGGGGUUUGCCAAGCAUUACUGGCAGCUGGUACUGCUGCGCUUUGGGCAAGGGAUCAGUGAGGCUGGAUGCACACCGUUUGCAAUCAGUCUGAUUGUGGACUACUUCCCAAAAGUGAUUCGAGGCUCAGCCAUUGGCUUCUAUAACUGGGGGAUCUACGCUGGCUAUAGUGUCUCGUAUGCUGUCGGCAACUAUGUCACCAGGGCCAACAUCCUGGGGCAGGGCUGGAGGUGGUCCUUCUUCCUCAGUGCUGUCCCGGGGUUUGUUGUUUCCGUCGUCCUGCUGCUGACAGUCCGUGAAGUUCCAUCCAGGAAGGAAAGUGACUUCAACCCACUCCUUACCACAACGGGAAGGCUCACCCUCAGACAGAAACUUCUGCAGGGCGUGCAGCCGUUCCUGAAACCCUCGCUCCUGCUCUUCUCUCUUGCUGGCUCCGUCAGGAAUGCAGGAGGGUAUGUUUGGGCCUACAAUACCCAAACGUAUUUCAAUCUGUACUACAACGGUGUGGAUGUGGGCCGCUGGUUGUCAUGGAUACCGUUGGUUGGGGGCUGCAUUGGAGCUGUGGCUGGAGGGUUUAUUUCUGAUCAACUAGUCAAAAAUAAAGGCUUAUACGCACGUGUCUGGGUCUUGGUCUUCAGUCAGGUAGCAGCAGCUCCCUUUGUCGCUGGGGCCCUUUGGCUGAAACCUCCCUAUGCCUUCCUCUCUUUGAUCCCAGCCAAUAUAAUUGGUGAGAUGGGGAUUGGGGUCGCACUGACUAUCGUCGUGGAGCUGGUCUCACCUGCAGUUCGCACUCCUGUGGUGGCCAUCUACAUCUUCAUCAUUUCCAAUAUUGGUGGGAAUGCCCCACUGCUGGUCACUCCUCUAACCAGGCAUUGGAAUCUGCGGUUUGCCUUGCUGAUCUUGUGUCCUGGUUUGUACAUUGCUGGGUCCUUGCUUUUCCUCCUUUCCCUCGUUAUAAUCCGCUGGGAAGAGAAGAAGGCCUCUAAGGAGGAAUUGCGCCCACUGCUGGGAUUUGAGAGGGUGGUCUUUGAACAUGGAUCUAUGAGGGAGCUGGAGCAUCAUGACGACAGCUGAUAAUUUUCCUGGAGGAAUACUCUAUCGGACCCUGCCUCAAGGAAUGGACUUCUUGGGGGGGAGGGGGUUGUGUGCAGGGGUCAGUGUAGUUGUUUGGGGGAGGGGAGAAUUAGCCUAAUGCACUGUGAACUCAGUCUGAGAUGCUGCAGCAUGAAUCAUACAGCACAAAAACAGGCCCUUCGGCCCACUAUGAAGAUCCCCUGCUAUCCAGGAAGAUGCAAAUUAAUGUAAUGUUAUGUUCAGAAAUGAUUGCAUUAUCAGUGAAGUAAUUAUUUGGAAAUCUGGAACAAGCUUCAGAUUUCCAGAGAGCAUUUUCUGUAACAGACACUGUAGGUUACCAGCCCAAGGUCAAUAACACCUGGCUCUCUCAGUCUGUUCUUUGUGUUUGCUGCUACCUGUGCUAUUUUCUGUAUUUGCAUCUCCCCAUCUCUCUGCUCGCCCGUGGUUCUCAGUUCCCGAUGGCGGGUUGGUGCAGCGCUUAGUGCUGCUUCCUUCCAGCUUCAGGUGACCUGGCUUCGAUCCUGGAUCGGCGGCUGGGGUGCACUGUGUCCGGAGUUUGCCCACUCUCCCUACAAUGAGCUUUUGUAAAGCUCCAGUGAUCUUAGCACAGUUCUGACCAUGAAUACUGUCUGUGAGAAGUUUGCAUGGUCUCCCUAUGACUGUGUGGAGUUCCUCUGAUUUUGUCCUAUAUCCUGUGGUUUGGUGACUGGCUCCUCGCAUGCGGGUCAGUGGUAGAAUCUGUAGAGGAGUGGGCGGGAAUAUGGGGAACAUAAAAUGUAAAUGGAUGCCCUGUUGGUCAGCGUAACCAUGAUGGGCUGAAGGGCCGGAUUCUGUGCUGGGCGAUCUAUGAUUUAAUUUGCUACUAUAGGUUAUCCCUUGGGUUUGCAGAAAAGAAUCAAGAGAGAGUGAGUUUUCAGCUCCAGGGGAAUCAGGAGAGGAAGAGUGGGCUGAGAUCACCCUGCCAAAUGUACUAAGUGAGCUUUUAGCUGAUAAAGGUCAUCACUGAACAGCAACAAUGCUUCUCUGCACCGAAUGUUCCCGUCCCAGUGAGGGAAAGUGCUGGAGUUAUCUGCUGUUGUGUCUGCUGCCUGCGUAAAAAAAAGUUUUCCUGAAUUUUAUUGUUUGACUUGGAUCUCAAAUAUUAAACUUGUUUUGCUGGCUCUGUCAUAA